UUCAUAUUUUAUCUAUGUCUGAGUGUACAAUUAUCUAUUUCUUAGUUUAUUAUUUUUGUUGCGUCCCUAUAUUAAUAAGUGCAAGUAUUUGAUUGGAAACAAUUUGCAAACAAAGAUACAAUGUCCUAUUCCUUACUCUCGUGGGGUGCUAAUUCUCAUGGUCAACUUGGGCAAGGAACCGAGUCGGAGGAAUGUGUUUUACCACGUGAGGUUGAUUUAUCAAAGUGUUCGUUAGAACCGCAAAAAAUAAAGAAAAUAGUCGGCGGCGCUGGUCAUACGUUAAUUUUGGAUGAUCACGGUCGCGUUUAUUCUUGCGGCUGGAACAACAAAGGUCAAGUGGGUUUUCCCGUAAAAGAAAAUAUUCCCUUUUUCCAAGAAUUAAGUGAAAAACUAAGGAAUAAAGUUAUCGUGGAUAUAGUGUGCGGAUGGGAUUGUUCAGCUGCAUUGACGACAGAAGGUACUUUACUUCUCUGGGGCUCGAAUUAUUUCGGACAAUUGGGAAUAGACCCGAAUAAUCUUCAAUGGAUACAUGAAUCCUUUGAACUAGUAUCUGAUCGAAAAAUCAGAGGAAUUUCAAUGGGCUUGAGACAUACUGUUGCAAUAACGGAAGAUCAUGCAAUUUUAGUAGCAGGAGCAGGUACUAAGGGGCAGUUAGGUAUAGAUUGCUUGAAUAAUAAGGGCUCUAUAAAUGCUGCAUAUACUUUUAAAGAAGUUCCAACAUUACGGAACAUCGAGAGUGUCAGUUGUGGUCAGUACCAUACCAUCGCGGUAGCGAAAGAUGGAAAUCUUUAUGCAUUUGGUGAUAAUAAACACGGACAAUUAGGAUUAAAUACAGACAUAUGUCGAAAAACAUUCGUCCCAUUAAAAUUAUCGGAUUUUCAAAUUAAAUUGCCAAUUAACGUGCACAGUGGUUGGUCACACGUGAUUGUGUUAAAUGAUAGUCAUAUUUUUGGUUGGGGCCGAAAUACAUAUGGACAAUUAGGCAUUACAAAACUCAACGAGUUCACUUGGAAAGCUACGCGAAUCGAAAAUCUUCCUAGAAUACAACAAGUUUCUGCUGGUUCGGAACACAAUGUUGCUCUAACUGAAGAUGGAAAAAUUUUAUGUUGGGGUUGGAACGAACACGGAAAUUGCGGAAAUGGUCAUACAAAAGACGUAAAAUUUCCGGAACAACUGCAUCUUCCAUACGCUUACACGGGAAUUCUUAUUGGAAGUGGUGCAGCUCAUUCAUUUGCAGUAAUAAAGAAUAUUUCAUAAGAAAUAAUAAUAUAAAUUAAUAAAAUAAAAAUGUAUGAA